ACAGAACUUCGUUGGCCAGAUGAGCAGCGACGCGCGUUUAUUUCGACUGUAACGUCUCGUCCAGGUUUGGACCUGCAGAAAUAGCAUGUUGUAAAUAUCAGCUAAGCGUCCGACGGAAGACCAUUCAGCUGUAUUGUUUAUUUACUUGUGCUUUUGCACCAUAGAAACGGUGUAGUUUCCGGGUGGCUUCGUGUUUGGAUUCAGGUGUGUAAACCACCUAGCUCAUUGUCAACGACAGCGUAUCUCUUGACAGUGUUUGGGGUGGCUUCCUAUGUAUCAUCUCCAGGACAGACACAGCUAGGGCGAAUACUUUUAACCCACGAAGCCCGCAGGCCCUCGGGAGUCUUACCUGACGGGUCGGAAGCGAAUCCUUCGUUUGACCAAUGAGCUGCAUCCAUUAUAGUGCUACCGUCCUAAUCGUGCUGGAUUGAAUAUUUUGUCCCUGUGAGUCAAGAGUUUUUCUGUUCUGAUUUUGCGUGAUAGUCUGGCGAUACAAGUAAAGUGGAUGUGAGAGGCUGCAGGGAGAUUUCAGCUUCCCUUCCUCCUACGCUGCAAACAGUUGUGUUCUGUACAAGUGAUAAAUCCUUUCUGGAGCAUGUCUACGAGUUUUGGAUGCAAGAGAUCUGACAGUGAAGAUAAAGGUGUGCAGGGAGAACACAGAACCAGUCCUCCACGCACAUCCUAUGGCAAAAAACAACUUCCUUCCAUACCCAAAAAUGCAGUUCCAAUAACCAAGCCUAUAUCCCUGGCUGCUUCAGCACAAUCUACCAAUGGGACACAUGCCUCGUACGGGCCCUUUUAUUUGGAGUACUCUCUGCUUGCGGAGUUCACCUUGAUGAUAAAGCAGAAACUGCCUGGAAUCUACGUGCAGCCGUCCUACCGAUCAGCUUUAAUGUGGUUUGGGGUUAUUUUUAUCCGGCACGGACUGUACCAGGAUGGCGUUUUCAAGUUCUCGGUUUACAUCCCUGAUAACUACCCAGAUGGCAAUUGUCCUCGAGUGGUAUUCGAUAUCCCAGUCUUCCACCCUUUAGUGGAUCCAGUAUCAGGGGAGCUGGAUGUGAAGAGAGCGUUUACAAAGUGGAGACGGAAUCACAAUCACAUUUGGCAGGUGCUGAUGUACGCACGCACAGUGUUCUAUAAGAUACAGACGGUGGAUCCCCUAAACCCAGAAGCUGCAGUGCUGUAUGAAAAUGAUGUGCAGCUCUUUAAAAGCAAGGUAGUGGAUAGUGUGAAGCUAUGCAACAGCCAUCUUUUUGACCAGCCUAAAAUGGAUGACCCCUAUGCAAUAAGCUUUUCUCCGUGGAAUCCUGCUGUACAUGAAGAUGCAAGAGAAAGGAUGUUUGCGCAUAAAAGAAGGCCUGAUGAGCACCCCAAAGGCAUGCAGGUGUCGGGAUUGUCGUGGGUCAAGCCUGGAUCAACUCAGCCCUUCAGUAAAGAUGACCAUGUUCUGCAGGCUUGAGCUCUUUCAAACUGCUUGCUGUCCACCACUUUCUACUAACGUGGAGGAGGGGCAGGUGUGACCAGGAAAUCUGUGAACUCUAAUCAAUCAGUACCAUUUCUUGUAAAAUAACAAACAUGUAUAUAUUGUCGGAUUCUUUUUCUUUUAAUUGAGUUAUGCAUACUUUAACCGUAUGGAACGUCCUAUGGUUUUGUUUCCAGCUGAACCGGCAUUAAAUGGUUUGGGAUGAUCUGGAUCCAAGUAGUAGAUAUGAUAUGAACUUCGAACCAAGCGAAAGGGUUUCAGACUGCACAGGUUCAAGUGGAAGCAAGGCAUAAGGGGGUCGGUGUUGCAAUACAGUUAUUACAGAUAACACUAAUGGUGACCAUUUAAUUUUCAAUCUUCAGAGUUAAAUCCUGCCAUGAAGGUAUAUCAGUCUUAUGUUUAUAUGGCAUAAGGUAAAUAGUGUUUUAAAUAUGAAGCUAAUGUUAAAUUGUUAUAAUUGUAAACAUCUAAGUGUUUUCGCAGCUGUUUUAUGCUUUUCUUGAACGCGGUUGUUUUGGGUUUCUGGUGUGUAAAUAUGUUAGGUGGCUUAUUGUAAAUAACUUGUUUAUUAAUUCUGUAUUUAGCACUUUGAAGUGAUUUCAUUGUGUUGAGAAAUGUAUUCCUGACACAGUGGUAUAUAAUUUAUAUGAAGUUGGAUUUGUUAUUAAAGCACACAAGGAAAGCAAGGAAACUCUCUGGGCUGCCUGUUUUUAUU